UCGUGGCUGGCCGGAUUGAUUGUGAUACGCUCUUAUGCUUGUCAACCAGGAGUGAUUGUAAGAGAAUAUUUUAUUUUCCUAAUAUUUGAGUCAAAAGAAGAGGAAGACGAUUGUAUGCGCUCUGAUUUUGAACAAUUUGUUUCUUAAUCAAAUCGCGCAUCAUGGACGACUUGCAAAAUUAUAAACUCCAACUCCAGCAGGUGGAAGCAGCUCUCACGACAGAUCCAAAUAAUGAGGAGUUAAUAAAAUUGAAAUUUGAUUUGAAGGAAGUAAUAAAGCUGACACAUGAUUUAAUUAAGUCACAACAACAAGAAAAACGACAAGCCAAUGGCAUGGACGCUAAAGAUCCAAUUUUACUUGCAGUUUUGGCCAAUAAAUGGAAAGUCGGUGAUCAAUGCAUGGCACCUUGGAGUGAGGAUGGCAAAUAUUAUGAAGCAACAAUAGAUGCUAUAAGCGAAGAUGGAGUUGUAAAUAUAACGUUUAAUGAAUACAAGAAUACUGAUGUCACCAUGCUCAGUCAACUGAAAUCUGUUGCUAAGAGGCCAGCUUCUGAUUGGGCAGAUCAAAAAUCUAAGAAAAGAAAAAUGCAAGCAGCUGCAGUUGCAGGCUCAGAUCCACAUAAGCAAAGAGAAUACCUUAAAAAGAAGAAGCAGAGAAAAUUACAGCGGUUUAAGGAAUUGGAGGAAGAACGCGAGUUGGAGAAAAAUAAGUGGUUAGCAUUUACUAAUAAGUCUUCGAAAAAAGGCGUUAUAAAGAAGAGCAUCUUUGCAACACCAGAAAAUGUGAACGGUCGCGUUGGAAUCGGUACUUGCGGUGUCAGUGGUCGGGAAAUGACCAAGUUCAGUAAUGGAGAGAAAUGGAGACGAGGGGCUUAAAUAAGUUAUAUGUAAAUAGUGGCGUAAGAAUAGAUAAUUUGGUGGAUUUAUUCGUAUAUAUUUAAAGCUGAUUCACGAACUGGUACGUGGUAUACUUUACGUUACGAUGAUUGAGCGAUAUGUAUCAAUAUGUAUGAUCGCAACAAUGACGAUGAUACUCCACUCAUUAUGCGCAGACAACUUUUCUGGCAUGUGUCUACACUGAUGCUUAUAAGUAUCGAAACAAUCUCGGAUUUUUUUACCAUAACAUGAUUAAAGAAAACAAAAAUAACUGCAGCAAAUAAAUGUUUUCUUAGCUUAAUGUUUCUGUGAACAUAACUUGUUUACAAACUUAUAAAUAAAUGUAUAUUUUAACGUG